GGUCCUAGCCCCCAUCCUAGGCAACAUGUCCAUCACCCUGAAGCAGGUCUUCAACAAGGACAAGACCUUCCGCCCCAAGCGUAAGUUUGAGCCGGGGGCGCAGCGUUUCGAGCUGCAUAAGAAGGCCCAGGCAUCGCUAAGCUUCGGGGUUGACCUGAGGGCGGCGGUUGCUCUGCCCCACGGGGAGGAUCUGAACGACUGGGUGGCAGUACACGUGGUGGACUUCUUCAACAGGAUAAACCUCAUCUACGGGACGGUGUGUGAGUUCUGCACGGAGAAGAGUUGUCCGGUCAUGUCCGGAGGUCCUAGGUAUGAGUACCGAUGGCAGGACGAUCACAAGUACAAGAAACCAACGGCUCUACCGGCUCCCAAGUACAUGAACUUGCUGAUGGACUGGAUAGAGGUCCAGAUCAACAAUGAGGAUAUCUUCCCCACCAGCAUGGGUAUCCCCUUCCCCAAGAACUUCAUCCAGAUCUGUAAGAAGAUCAUCUGCCGUCUGUUCCGGGUGUUUGUCCACGUCUACAUCCACCAUUUUGACCGUAUGAUCCUGAUGGGAGCUGAGGCCCAUGUUAACACCUGCUAUAAGCACUUCUACUACUUCAGCACAGAGCUCAACCUCAUAGACCGCAAGGAGCUGGAGCCACUGAAAGAGAUGACUUCUGGGAUGUGUCACUGAGCAGAACUACGGGAGCAGCUGAGGGACUGUCUGGCUCGGCAGGAGGUUACCAUGGAGAUACGGAGGGGUACACAGUUGACUCUGAAGCUUGAUGACAUCAUCAGUGUGAUUCAACUAGCUCGAUGUCAUCACUGUCAUUCUGAUAGCAAGAGAAGAGCCUGUUACCUGCAGAUAUAUCUGGCUGGCUGACUGUCUGACUGACUGACUGGCUGGCUGGCUGGAUAUAUGGAUGGAUGAAUAAAUGAACGAAUGAAUGAAUUAUGAAUGGAUGAUUGAAUGAAUGAAUGGAUGAUGGACGGAGGGAGGGAUAUAUGGAUGGAUGAUGGAUGGAUGAUGGAUGGAUAAUGGAUGAACACUGUAGCAAAGACAUUCUACUAUUUCUACUGUAGUUAGAAAGGACCUCCCUCUCUAACACCACGUCACUGAGGAGGACCUCCCUCUAACACCAAAUCACUGAGGAGGACCUCCCUCUAACACCAAAUCACUGAGGAGGACCUCCCUCUAACACCACAUCACUGAGGAGGACCUCCCUCUCUAACACCACGUCACUGAGGAGGACCUCCCUCUAACACCAAAUCACUGAGGAGGACCUCCCUCUAACACCACAUCACUGAGGAGGACCUCCCUCUCUAACACCACGUCACUGAGGAGGACCUCCCUCUAACACCAAAUCACUGAGGAGGACCUCCCUCUCUAACACCACGUCACUGAGGAGGACCUCCCUCUCUAACACCACCUCACUGAGGAGGACCUCCCUCUCUAACACCAUGUCACUGAGGAGGACCUCCCUCUCUAACACCACAUCACUGAGGAGGACCUCCCUCUAACACCACGUCACUGAGGAGGACCUCCCUCUAACACCACAUCACUGAGGAGGACCUCCCUCUGUAUCACCACGUCACUGAGGAGGACCUCCCUCUAACACCAAAUCACUGAGGAGGACCUCCCUCUAACACCAAAUCACUGAGGAGGACCUCCCUCUGUAUCACCACGUCACUGAGGAGGACCUCCCUCUAACACCACAUCACUGAGGAGGACCUCCCUCUGUAUCACCACGUCACUGAGGAGGACCUCCCUCUAACACCACGUCACUGAGGAGGACCUCCCUCUCUAACACCAAAUCACUGAGGAGGACCUCCCUCUCUAUCACCACGUCGCUGAGGAGGAGCUGAGUAACUAACUUUUACAUGAGUUGAUUGCAUAGUAGUGGUACAUCUAAAAUGGCACCCUAUUCCCUAUAUUGUACACCACUUUAGACCAGAGCCCUGUGGGUUCUGAUGAUUCAAAGUAGUGCACUAUAUAGGGAAUGGGAUUCCAUUUGAGACGCAACCCUAUGACUACUAGGACCACCUGACUGACUGCUGGUAGAAUCUACACACAGGUUUGACCUCCUUUCUCCAAUAUGGGGCGCUCUACAGUAGGACUAAAGCUUUGUAGAAUGCUGCACAUGGUUAAUACAUUGAUGAGGUUUUAAUUCACUGACCAGGUUUUAAUUCACUGACCAGGUUUUAAUUCACUGACCAGGUUUUAAUACACUGACCAGGUUUUAAUUCACUGACCAGGUUUUAAUACACUGACCAGGUUUUAAUACACUGACCAGGUUUUAAUUCACUGACCAGGUUUUAAUUCACUGACCAGGUUUUAAUACACUGACCAGGUUCUACUACACGGAUGAGGUUUUAAUUCACUGACCAGGUUUUAAUUCACUGACCAGGUUUUAAUACACUGACCAGGUUUUAAUACACUGACCAGGUUUUAAUUCAUUGACCAGGUUUUAAUUCACUGACCAGGUUUUAAUACACUGACCAGGUUCUACUACACGGAUGAGGUUUUAAUUCACUGACCAGGUUUUAAUACACUGACCAGGUUCUACUACACUGACCAGGUUUUAAUACACUGACCAGGUUUUAAUACACUGAUGAGGUAAUGAUACACUGAUGAGGUAAUGAUACACUGAUGAGGUAAUGAUACACGGAUGAGGUUUUAAUUCACUGACCAGGUUUUAAUACACUGACCAGGUUCUACUACACUGACCAGGUUUUAAUACACUGACCAGGUUUUAAUACACUGAUGAGGUAUGUGAGGUAUAUACUGAUGAGGUAAUGAUACACUGAUGAGGUAAUGAUACACGGAUGAGGUUUUAAUUCACUGACCAGGUUUUAAUACACUGACCAGGUUCUACUACACUGACCAGGUUUUAAUACACUGACCAGGUUUUAAUACACUGAUGAGGUAAUGAUAUACUGAUGAGGUAAUGAUACACUGAUGAGGUAAUGAUACACUGAUGAGGUGAUACACUGAUGAGGUAAUGAUACACUGAUGAGGUAAUGAUACACGGAUGAGGUUUCAGUACACUGAUGAGGUAAUGAUACACUGAUGAGGUUUCAGUACACUGAUGAGGUUUCAGUACACUGAUGAGGUAAUGAUACACUGAUGAGGUAAUGAUACACUGAUGAGGUAAUGAUACACUGAUGAGGUAAUGAUUGAUACACUGAUGAGGUAAUGAUACACUGAUGAGGUAAUGAUACACUGAUGAGGUAAUGAUACACUGAUGAGGUUUCAGUACACUGAUGAGGUAAUGAUACACUGAUGAGGUAAUGAUACACUGAUGAGGUUUCAGUACACUGAUGAGGUAAUGAUACACUGAUGAGGUUUCAGUACACUGAUGAGGUAAUGAUACACUGAUGAGGUAAUGAUACACUGAUGAGGUUUUAAUACACUGAUGAGGUUUCAGUACACUGAUGAGGUAAUGAUACACGGAUGAGGUAUUUGAUGUGGACGGAUACAGACGUUUACCCGGUGUUGGUUACAGUUUGUCUAUUUCCUCUCCAACGAUGACAUCGUUUUUGUUGUUUAAUUAUGUCUCGUCUCGGAAACCCGCUUUUCCUGGUACUUUUCAAAUGAACAGAUAACUUGAAAAUCAUCACAAGAUGUUCUCAUGUGUUUGUAAUAAACGGUCUUUAGCGUGGAGACGGCCAAAUCAUUCAGUUGAUUUCCUUAAUUUAGUCUUGUGUUUUGUGAGUUUAUUAACCUUGCAGACAUGACAAGUGUCAUGGUGUGUUUGGCUGGGAGCCGUCAUGAUUUAGCUGCUGUUCAUGUGGUUGAAUCUGUGAUUGUUUAGUUUAUAGUUUAUAACAAUGACAUUUAUAUGUUGAAUCACGUCGAGUUCAUUUGAUGUUUCAUCUGUGUACGUUUUUAUGAUUGAAAAGCAUAUGGACAGCGAUGUUUCUUCCACAUUUUUGUUAAAUAAAUACUUUUGUUAAACUUUUUUUUUUUACUUAAAUACUGUGACUUGACUUCAGGUACCCAGAAUGAUCAAUAACAGCAGUACAAAUGGAAUAACCAACUGUAGCUUUGGUAGUUUCACAGGUCCUUUAUAGUACUGUUAGCAUUGACUUACUCUUGUAGUAAGAUGAACAUCAAUCAUCGAUCAUGUUUUUUCAAUCACUUCGCCGUGAGGACUUCUUUCUAUUUAAAUCUGAACCUGUAGUGCUGACAUCUUUGUCCUGGGGAAUAUGGUAGUCCUGUGUGUGACUUUAAACAACACUGACCAUCCAGUCUGUCAAUACAAUCAUCACAGUCUGUAGCCUAACGUGUAAAAGUCCCAGCCUCGGUCUUACACAGUCGCUGAAUGUUUAUUUCUGUUUUUACUAUUUAAAAAAACUCUGACACAUAUAUUUACUGUUCUGGUUUUUUUAAAAUGCUGUUUGACUGUUCAUGAUUCCAGGUCAACAUUACUACACCAGAAACAAUAGUGUUUUUUUGAUUCCUUUCUCAGACUCUUCCUGUCAUUUCAUUUUGGGGUGGGGGUAGUUUCACAUUCUACUGUUGUUGUGUACAUCUGUUGUUGAGAGAAACGCGGAGGGACUAUAGAAUCUCCCCACAGGGACUGUAGAAUCUCCCCACAGGGACUACAGAAUCUCCCCACAGGGACUGUAGAAUCUCCCCACAGGGACUACAGAAUCUCCCCACAGGGACUACCGAAUCUCCCCACAGGGACUGCAGAAUCUCCCCACAGGGACUACAGAAUCUCCCCACAGGGACUGCAGAAUCUCCCCACAGGGACUGCAGGGACUGCAGAAUCUCCCCACAGGGACUGUAGAAUCUCCCCACAGGGACUGUAGAAUCUCCCCACAGGGACUGCAGAAUCUCCCCACAGGGACUACAGAAUCUCCCCACAGGGACUAUAGAAUCUCCCCACAGGGACUACAGAAUCUCCCCACAGGGACUGCAGAAUCUCCCCACAGGGACUACAGAAUCUCCCCACAGGGACUACAGAAUCUCCCCACAGGGACUACAGAAUCUCCCCACAGGGACUGCAGAAUCUCUCCACAGGGGCUAUAGAAUCUCCCCACAGGGACUACAGAAUCUCCCCACAGGGACUGCAGAAUCUCCCCACAGGGACUACAGAAUCUCCCCACAGGGGCUAUAGAAUCUCCCCACAGGGACUACAGAAUCUCCCCACAGGGACUGCAGAAUCUCCCCACAGGGACUACAGAAUCUCCCCACAGGGACUGCAGAAUCUCCCCACAAGGAAUCUCCCCACAGGGACUGCAGAAUCUCCCCACAAGGAAUCUCCCCACAGGGACUGCAGAAUCUCCCCACAGGGACUACAGAAUCUCCCCACAGGGACUGUGACAUCUGUUCUGAGGACCUAAACUCAGUCUUGACCGGUUCACAGUUCAGUAGGCCUAUCUCUCCGAACACAUCUGUUCUGAGGACCUAAACUCAGUCUUGACCGGUUCACAGUUCAGUAGGCCUAUCUCUCCGAACACAUCUGUUCUGAGGACCUAAACUCAGUCUUGACCGGUUCACAGUUCAGUAGGCCUAUCUCUCCGAACACAUCUGUUCUGAGGACCUAAACUCAGUCUUGACCGGUUCACAGUUCAGUAGGCCUAUCUCUCCGAACACAUCUGUUCUGAGGACCUAAACUCAGUCUUGACCGGUUCACAGUUCAGUAGGCCUAUCUCUCUGAACACAUCUGUUCUGAGGACCUAAACUCAGUCUUGACCGGUUCACAGUUCAGUAGGCCUAUCUCUCCGAACACAUCUGUUCUGAGGACCUAAACUCAGUCUUGACCGGUUCACAGUUCAGUAGGCCUAUCUCUCCGAACACAUCUGUUCUGAGGACCUAAACUCAGUCUUGACCGGUUCACAGUUCAGUAGGCCUAUCUCUCCGAACACAUCUGUUCUGAGGACCUAAACUCAGUCUUGACCGGUUCACAGUUCAGUAGGCCUAUCUCUCCGAACACAUCUGUUCUGAGGACCUAAACUCAGUCUUGACCGGUUCACAGUUCAGUAGGCCUAUCUCUCCGAACACAUCUGUUCUGAGGACCUAAACUCAGUCUUGACCGGUUCACAGUUCAGUAGGCCUAUCUCUCUGAACACAUCUGUUCUGAGGACCUAAACUCAGUCUUGACCGGUUCACAGUUCAGUAGGCCUAUCUCUCUGAACACAUCUGUUCUGAGGACCUAAACUCAGUCUUGACCGGUUCACAGUUCAGUAGGCCUAUCUCUCCGAACACAUCUGUUCUGAGGACCUAAACUCAGUCUUGACCGGUUCACAAUUCAGUAGGCCUAUCUCUGCGAACACAUCUGUUCUGAGGACCUAAACUCAGUCUUGACCGGUUCACAGUUCAGUAGGCCUAUCUCUCUGCGAACACAUCUGUUCUGAGGACCUAAACUCAGUCUUGACCGGUUCACAGUUCAGUAGGCCUAUCUCUCCGAACACAUCUGUUCUGAGGACCUAAACUCAGUCUUGACCGGUUCACAGUUCAGUAGACCUAUCUCUCCGAACACAUCUGUUCUGAGGACCAAAGCCGUCUUUCAUGCAACGGCUCUGCUGAGUAUGUUAUUAACGUUUGGUCCUCGAAUCACAAAGAUCCAGAAUUGAUACAUUUCUCCUUUUCUGUCACUCGUGGUUAGGUAGCCUAGUAGUUAGAGCGUUGGGCCAGUAACCGAAAGGCUACUAGAUUGUAGUCCCUGAGCUGACAAGGUAAAAAAUAUGUUGUUCUUCCCCUGAACAAGGCAGUUAACCCACUGUUCCUAGGCCGUCAUUGUAAAUAAGAAUUUGUUCUUAACUGACUUGCCUCGUUAAAUAAACUUUAUUUUAUUUUAUGCCCAUACAAUCAAUCCUGCCACCUGGGCUGUGAACAGCAGUUUCAAUGUUAGCCAGCAGGGGGCGCUGUGGCGGCAAACUCUGGUAAGUGUUCUGAGGCAUCACUAUAAUAUCAGCACCAGUUUCCAUCUUGAACUUGCCCCACGUGUGCCAUUCACUGGGAGCUCAACGUGCCACUGAUCUUCAGAAUCAUACUGCUUGGCAACUGAUCCUAACAGAAUCCCCUUUGCAUUUCAUCUUCCGCUGUAACUUAUUUGACACAUUUUGUUUUGCUUCCUGCAUUUUUUUGUUGCUUGCUUGAGAAUAGCUGCGGUUACAACUUGAGCAAUUUUCCCUGUUUUGACUGACUGAUGUAAGGAAUUGCUAUUUCGUAUGCAGGUGACUAACUUACUGCUAAUUACAUGGCUACAACUCACAGUAAAGCCUGUGGGGUCCCCUACAGGAUAGCUCCCACAUUACACACAUAAUCUCCUUUUAUUUUUAACCGAACACUGUGUGCCCGAAGAAGAUCCUACGAUGACGGACAGACAACUGAGCCAAUGGCGGAAGACUACAGACUACAACCAGCUGAACCAAUCCGGAGAUCCGAUCUUCCUAGGGUCAACCUACUUUCUGUGACGUAUAUAAGAGCUGUGCUGACUGUUUACGCUCUCUGCCUGCUGUUCCAACACGAACUAACGGAAGAGCCGUAUUUACGUGUACCAGAUAUUCUCCCUCUGAAAUAAACUGUCGCUUGUCGUACAAUUUUAA